CUUAUUAUCUCAUAGAGUGAAGGCGCACUGGCGCACUCGAGGGAUAAAGAAAUGAAGCACCUUCCUACGCUUCUAAUGAAGUCCCUUUCAGUUUGUUCUUUGCCAGCUACUACAACCACCCUUCAAGAAAUUGCUUACCAUAAACCCAAAGUAGGUGUUGCAAAGGUUGUACUAAAAAAGGGGAAGACACAACUCUUUAAGGAUGGAAACCCAAUGGUGUACAGUGGAGCUGUUGAUAGAAUAAUUGGGAGGCCACCUCCUAAGACUGGAGAUAUUGUUCUGGUAGCAGAUGGGACUGAGAAACCAAUAGGGUGGGGCUUGUACAACUCAGUUUCUAUGUUCUGUGUUCGGCUUAUGCAGCUCGAAGAUGAAGCUACCAGUGAUGCAUCAUGUGCACUGAACAUGGAGAAACUGCUUGAAACAAGAAUUGACACAGCUGUUGAAUUACGUAGAAGGUUGGGUCUUCCUUCAGUCCAUACAAAUGCAUAUCGUCUAAUCAAUAGUGAGGGUGACAGGUUAUCAGGCUUGAUCAUUGAUGUCUUUGGAGAUGUAGCUGUAGUAGCAUCAUCUGCUGCUUGGGUUGAGAAGUACAAAUCAGAGAUAGAAGCAUGCAUCAGGAAAAUCAACUAUAUCAAUCAUAUAAGUUGGAGGCCAUCUGUUGAUAUUUUAAAGGAAGAUGGAGUUAAUAUUUCUGAUUUGAAGGAAAUUCAUUCAUCUACUUGUCCUGAAAGAACAAAGAUUAUGGAAAAUGGAAUUGUGUACUCAAUUUCGCUGAAGGGCCAGAAGACGGGAUUCUAUGCUGAUCAGCGUGAGAGUCGUCAGUUUAUUUCAAGAAUUUCAGAUGGCCGAAAGGUUCUUGAUCUUUGUUGCUAUAGUGGUGGUUUUGCUCUAAAUGCAGUGCGUGGAGGUGCUGUAAAUGUCACUGGUAUUGACACAUCAAUGCCAGCUUUGGAGCUUGCUAAAGAAAAUGUUGUACAUAACAACAUUGAUCCAGGAAGAAUAUCAUUUUUGAGAGAAGAUGCAACUGAGUUUAUGAAGGGUGCUCUCUUGAGAGAUGAAUCCUGGGAUAUUGUCAUCAUUGAUCCUCCUAAACUGGCACCAACAAGAAAGGUUCUACAUGGUGCAUCUGGUAUGUACCGAAAUCUGAAUUCAUUUGCCAUGCAACUUACAAAAAGUGGUGGUCUUCUGAUGACAUGUUCAUGUUCUGGAGCUGUGACUCAAAGUGGGAUAUUCCUGCGUAUCCUUCAGGGUGCAGCAUCUAUGGCAGGGAGGAAAAUCACUGUUCUAAGACAGGCUGGAGCAGCUUGUGAUCAUCCUAUUGAUCCAUCAUAUCCAGAAGGCGCAUACCUAUCCAACAUUCUAUUAAGAGUUUCAUGAAUAUUGGACUUGGAUGUUCAUUCACUUUAUUUCUUCCAUCUUAUUCUGCAUUUGGACGCAGCUUUACAAAAUUUCUUUAUAUCAGU